AGACACUGCUGCACAGCUCAACAGCUGAUAUAUGACAAUAUACGCAGUAGUAGCUCGAGUAGUUGCAGUAGUCGCAAUACGUGCGCUUCAUGUUGUUGUCAAAUCCAAGUUGUAGGCGGAAAAAGCAGAUUAGAUAUUUCUUUGUCAGCCAGAGAGAUAUUUUUUAAUCGCAAUUCCAACUAAUCUGCCAUACUUUUUGUCAUUAUUAAGCACAGAGGUUACUGUCGCGCGACGAAGAUGCCUAAUCUAACCAAUUUAUCCCAUUUUCCUUUAAAGAUCAUAUUUGCAAUUCACUUGAUGCUGGUAACAUGGGGUAUGCAGGGAAAUUGGUGUCCAAAAUCUGUAUUGUUCUAUAAUUUGCUAUUCUUUGUUUGUAUAUUUUGGGCUGUUCAUAGCGUCGAAUCAGACGAACCACUGCAAUUUGCAUUUUUCAUAAAUGUACUCUCUAUAUUUCUCGAUGUGAUUACGUUAGCAGUCUACUAUCCAUCAGAAUACAACCAUGCGUCUGAUAAGUUUAGCGCAGCCCUUAUGAUCAUAAAUUUGAUCGUUCGUCCUGUCUCGAGUAUAUACCUGCUUCGAAUGGGCCAGGGGAGAGGUGGCAACUUAGCCACAGUAUUUGCACCAAGUCCUGCCAUGGGUCAGUAAAUCACUGGCUACGUGUCUACGCUUUUGUAGUGCUUCGACGAGAUCUGAUUUUAAGUAUGUGCACGUACGCUUUACUGCAAACUAUAGUUACUCUGUGCAUUAUUAAUAAUCAACGACUUU